AAAAACAACGGUAUCUUAUAUAUUUUUACCCGAUAAAGUUGUCAAGUGUACUGUUGUGAAUCGGGCAUUGCCUUUUUUUCUCGAGUUAAAUAAUACCUUAAUGAAUUGUGUUUCAGGUAGCAUGACUAGAGCCGCCAAAACCUUUUUGCCUGAGGAGGCGGAGCUGACCGUUAAGGAGGUACCCCUUGGAACCCCUUAUUUGAAGGCUGGGGCUUUUCAUCUUGGAAAAUACUGUGAAGUCCAAAACAAUGAAUUCAUGCUUUGCAGAAUUGAAACUGAAGACCCUCGAGCAUGCAUUAAAGAAGGAAAGGAAGUGACUUCAUGUGCUCUAGAUUUCUUCUCUAAAAUUAAGAAUAGCUGUGCCGGGGAGUUAACUUCCUACGCCAUGUGUCUAGAGAGAGGUUCAGCUGACAUGCUUUUUACUAAAUGUAGGAAAACACAGUCUGCAUAUGACGCCUGUGUGAUGGACAAUUUGAAGAUUGAACGCCCACACUAUGGUUACCAUUGUCUACCUAAGAUCCACCACACUGACCGACCUAAACCUAUUGAGGAGGCCCCAGGAUGGAUGGCUGAUGAAAAGGCUCAAAAGCUGAAGAGUCUUCCCGCAGAUUUCCCCCGGGAUUACGCAUCCUGGGGAGGAGUUGGAUUCCCUCAAAACCACGGCGGAGAAAUAUAAACUCUGUCGGAUAUUUACUCCAACCCCAGCGGAGUCCUUGCUUCGGGUCUAAUGAUUAACAGAAACCCCCGAGUUUAUCAGGAAUAAAUUCUCAAUUUUGUCUUGUUCCAGACAAUGUCAGAGAAUUAAAAUGAUAAACUUGUUUUUUCUCAAGGUGUAAUCUGGAGACCUGAAUUUCUCAGAAGAUUUCUCUUUUCUCAGAUAAAUAUGCUUUUAAAUACACAUUUUUUUAGCACCGGGUCUUUAAAUUUUACGGUAUUUGACAGUUUCAAGUCUCGGACUCUCUUACGUCCGUGAUUUAAAGAUUUGCUUUUUUAAAAGAAAAUGUGUAUUUCAGGGUUUCUAAGACAAGAUUUGCUAUCAGAGAAUAUUCUCGUUAUAUUGUAGUUUAUUUAGUUACAUAGUCAUCUAAAUCUUAUAAUUAAAGUUGAUUAAUUAAAUGUUUAAACUAUUUAAUUAAUUAAUUUCAGAGAAGUAUGUCAAACGAAACAGACACAGUAACUAAAUUGGCCACAAUUAGGGUCGUGAAAUCUAAGAGUAUAGUUUUGAAGAAAGCCAGAGUUCAGAUUGAAAAUGAACUUACAAGUUUAGAAGAAGAAUCCGCUCUCAUCAGAAAUCUCAAG